UGGGGAAUGCUACUUCUUGAAGAGAACACUUAGUUUCUUCAGAUUUUUACACAAUUGAACCUAAUCUGUUUUCAUGAUUGUGGCUUGAUAAGUUACCAUAGUGAUGGAGAAAGCAUUUUUGAAAGUGUAUUCAGGACUGAACUUCAUGGAAAAUCUAGAGCAGUGGUCAGCAAAUGGCAGCCCACGGACAGGGCUGUAUCAGGGGCUGAACGAGAGUGGGGGAUUCUCCGUAUGACCUUCAUAUAUUUCUUGCAAGUAAGCAGAAAAUGAAAUGUUUUAUAUGAGGCGCCGUUAGGGACAUAAUCACGGAAACACCUCACGCUUUAUACACUGAAAUCUCAAACCUUGCGCUCUACACACUGAAAUAUCUUGCAUGCUAUACACUGAAAACGUUAAACCUUACGCUCUACACACAGAAAUACCUCUCACUCUAUACACUGAAAACUUCUAAAUUAACAUUUAUGCCCACAGAAUUGGGGGCAAGCACAGUUAAUUUAAAAAAUCCAGUGAUUUAUAUAGCACCGUCAUUACAAAUGGGUCUAGGGUAUGCUCUCUGGUUGUGGGUGUGUUGUGUUUUUAACUGAAUGCAAUUCCAAUAGAUCUCUUAGACCUUGAGGGUUAGGCUGUAUUGAUAGAGGCUGUUACAGUUCCAGGACUGAGGUGCUGCAGCACUGUUGAGCAUUUGUCAGACAGUCAUGAUGGUGAAGGGAAAUUUACGCUGGAUGGCUUUUGCCAACUUCCAUUCCCUCAGAGUUGUAACUGGAAAGGGGACCGAUCUGCGAGGAGGUCCUGUGCGUAGCUGCCACAGCACCACCAACCCCUGCCUCUCUCCUGCUGCCCGCGGUACAGUCAGGUCCUAUGAUGAGAUUCCAGGCAACUGGAGGAACAGCCUGGCCAAUCUGUAUACUUUCUGGAAAUUGAAUGGGUUUAAGAACAUUCACCGGAUAAUGGUUGACAAUUUCAACACCUUUGGGCCCAUUUAUAGGGAGAAGGUUGGGUACUAUGAGAGUGUGAAUAUUAUCAACCCUGAGGAUGCUGCCAUCUUGUUUAAAGCAGAGGGACGCUACCCUAAAAGACUGACGGUGGAGCCCUGGACCUCCUACAGAGACUACAGGAACCGGAGAUACGGGGUCUUGCUGAAGAAUGGAGAGGAUUGGCGAUACAAUCGAGUCAUUCUGAAUAAGGAGGUGAUCUCUCCACAAGUGGUGGGGAACUUUGUGCCUCUCCUGGAUGAAGUGGGGCAGGACUUUGUCUCCCGGGUGCACAGGCAGAUUGAGAGGAGUGGGAAAGGAAGAUGGACGGCAGAUCUUUCACAUGAGCUCUUCAGAUUUGCACUUGAGUCGGUGAGCCAUGUGCUGUAUGGGGAGCGUCUGGGAUUGCUGCAGGACCACAUCGACCCUGAUACCCAGCAGUUCAUUGACUGCAUUACCCUGAUGUUCAAAACCACGUCACCCAUGCUGUACAUUCCCCCUGACCUACUGCGCAGAGUCGGGGCCAAGGUGUGGAGAGACCACGUGGAGGCCUGGGACGCCAUCUUCAGUCAUGCUGACCGGUGCAUUCAGAACAUCUACAGGAAGUUACGUCAGUCUCCUGCAAGUGAGGGGAAGUACCCUGGAGUCCUGGCUAGCCUCCUCAUGCUGGACAAGCUGUCCAUUGAAGACAUCAAGGCCAGCGUGACUGAGCUAAUGGCCGGAGGGGUUGACACUACUUCCAUUACCCUGUUGUGGACCAUGUAUGAACUUGCCAGAUACCCAGACCUGCAGGAACAGCUGCGAGCUGAGGUUCAGGAUGCCUGGGCCUCUUCACAGGGGGACAUGACCAAGAUGUUAAAGUCAAUUCCUUUGGUUAAAGGAGCCAUAAAGGAGACCCUGAGGCUGCACCCUGUUGCUGUGAGCUUGCAAAGGUAUAUAACUGAGGAUAUUGUGAUCCAAAACUACCACAUUCCAUCAGGGACUCUGGUGCAGCUAGGGCUCUACGCUAUGGGACGAAAUCCACAGAUUUUCCCCAGACCUCUGCAAUAUAACCCCUCCCGCUGGCUCAAAGGGGACAACCACUAUUUCAAAAGCCUUAGCUUUGGGUUCGGUCCCCGGCAGUGUCUGGGACGCAGGAUUGCAGAGAUUGAGAUGCAGCUCUUCCUCAUUCACCUCCUCCAAAACUUCAAAAUUGAAAAACAAAGGCAAGUGGACGUCGGGAGCACCUUUGAACUGAUCAUUGUUCCAGAUAAGCCGAUCUUACUAACCCUGCGUCCUCUGCAUUAGGAGAAGAACGUCAAUGACAAGACAAGGCUCUCAGGCUCCAUGUUCUUAUUUACUGUGCAGAGGGUAAGGUCGGCUUUGGUCCAGGAUUUCCACAGUACAGGCUGGUUGCUUUGAUUCUGGUUUAAAUGUUUUGAAAAACACUAGAAUAUUCUUUGUACAAUUCUGUAUUUGCUCUACCUUGACACAGUCAUAACAAAAGUUCAACACUAAUUAUCUAUAUGGCCACUGUAUGUUAGAGGUUAUUAAAGCUAUUUCUAGAUGUCAAACAGUGGCCAAACAUGUAUUUUAUUUUUCAAUAAUGAUACAGUGAUAACUGGAUAAGAAGUGUACAUUUUUUUCAGUAACGUAACCAUGUCGAAACAGCUCAUUUUGUGUUGGUUAAUGAGCUAAGCCAGUGCUUAGAGAGUUCAUGAUAUUGUUAAAAGUUUUAGAUUUAAGUUUACUUGUUUUGAUACUGUUACUGAACUUCUUAGUCCAACCCAUGUACUGUAAAUAAAUGACUACGCAACAAUUAACAUUAACCCUUUUUAGAAAUGUUUAAGACCAAAACAGUAACAUGGCACAAACAAUUAACAUUCACGUUUUUUCAUUAAAUUUGCCCCAAGAAAUGGCUCAGAAUGGGGAGCCACAGCAGUGACACACU